AUGGAUGAUACAUCGAAAGUGUUGAUGCAAAGAUAUGAGUUAGGAAGAUUACUAGGCCAAGGAACUUUCGGAAAAGUUUACUAUGGAAGGAGUAUAGUAACUAACCAAACCGUAGCUCUUAAAAUGAUUGACAAAGACAAGGUUAUAAAGAAUGACCAAGCUGAUUGUAUAAAACGGGAGAUAUCGAUUAUGAGAGUCGUAAAACAUCCUAACGUUAUACAGCUUUUUGAGGUCAUGGCUACAAAGAGUAAGAUCUACUUUGUUUUGGAAUAUGCGAGAGGCGGUGAAUUAUUCAAGAAAGUGGCAAAAGGAAAGCUCAAAGAAGAUACUGCACACAAGUAUUUCAAGCAACUAGUUAGUGCAGUUGAUUUCUGUCAUAGUAGAGGUGUGUAUCAUAGAGACAUAAAGCCCGAAAACAUUUUGUUAGAUGAAAAUGAGGACUUAAAGGUAUCGGAUUUUGGUUUAAGUGCUUUUGCCGAGUCCAAGAGGCAAGAUGGUUUGUUGCAUACAACUUGUGGAACGCCGGCUUAUGUAGCUCCUGAAGUCAUCAAAAGGAAAGGUUAUGAUGGUGCGAAAGCCGAUAUUUGGUCUUGUGGAGUUGUUCUCUUUGUGUUACUUGCUGGUUAUGUGCCUUUCAAUGACUCGAAUUUGAUGGAGAUGUAUAGGAAGAUAAGUAAUGCGGAGUUUAAAUGUCCUAGUUGGUUUGCGAAAAAUGUUAGGAAGCUGUUGUGUAAGAUGUUGGAUCCGAAUCCUAGCACUAGGAUUUCUAUAGAUAAGAUUAGGAAAUGUUCUUGGUUUAAGUAUGGACCGAAUGGUAGACCGAAACAACAUGAAGCGGAAAACAAGAGUAUCUCUUCUGUAGCAUCGACACUUCUCAUUGAAGGCGUGUCACCUGACACGACCCAGACACACGUGACUAAUGAAAUUGAAAAGCAAGAGUCAGUUGUACCGAUGAGUAUAAAUGCUUUUGAUAUCAUCUCUCUUUCUAAUGGUUUUAAUCUAGGUGGAUUCUUUGAAGAUAGUUUUAAGAAACGGGAAGCGAGGUUUACUUCAAGGCAACCCGCCUCGGUUAUCAUUUCAAGGCUGGAGGAGAUUGCUAAGAGACUGAAGAUGAAAAUAAAGAAAAGGGCAGCUGGUUUGUUGAAACUAGAGGGAGUUGAUGAAGGUAGGAAAGGGGUUUUGUCUAUUGAUGCUGAGAUAUUUGAGGUUACUCCAUUUUUCCAUUUGAUUGAAGUGAAGAAAUCAAAUGGAGAUACCUUGGAAUAUCAGAAAAUAUUAAAUGAGAAAAUUAGGCCUGCUCUUCAAGAUAUUGUUUGGGUUUGGCAAGGUGAAAUACAAGAACAAUCACAAGAGCCGGAGCAGUAG